AGUGUGCACCAUUCAGGCUCUUCUCUGCAGGAGACUAGCCUCAAAUCCAAUGGUGCAACGACGAAUUGGCCCGCCGGGAACUCGGGCCAUCUUCCCCAGAUCGCCAGGUCUCAAGCCGGCACUUCAAGUUCCACCUGUCAGAAUAGGCAUUAAACAACUUGACAUGCGGAGGAAGUUCGAUCUGGGGAUAUCAGGUACACGGACUCUUUCUCCUAUCUGCGCCAAGAUGCCAGAUGGAAGAAAAAUCAAAGCGUACCUAGGGGAAGGGACUGUAUAUAUAAUGUAUUCUGAUAUGAGUUGCUCCAGGAAUGCUGUUGCGUGCUUGUCACACUCGCGGUGACUGCAUUAUUUCCAUUUAGCGGAGUAGUUAGAAAACGUCAAUAACCAUGGCCUCUAGCAAGCUCGCCGUCGGUUUAGCGGUCUUAGGACUUGCCGCCGCGCAGAAGCCUGGCAGCACUGCUGAUGUCCACCCCGAAUUAACGACAUACCGAUGUAGUGUGGUAGACGGAUGUAAGGAGUCAACUAACUACCUCGUCCUCGACUCAUCUGCGCAUUGGGUCCACCAAGUCAGCGAUACUUCUGUCGGUUGUGGCAACUGGGGAAGCAAGCCGAACGAAACCGCCUGCCCAACCAAGGAGGCAUGUGCCGAAAACUGUGUUAUGGAGGGCCAAAGCGACUAUGCCAGCAUCGGUGUCAAGACGGACGGAGCCUCGUUGAAUAUGCAGCUGAUCGUCGGCGAAAACGUCGUGUCGCCCCGCAUUUACCUCCUAGACGAAGCGAAGGAGAAUUACGAAAUGCUGCAGCUGACCGGAAACGAAUUCACAUUCGACGUCGAAGUCAGUCACCUCCCCUGCGGCAUGAAUAGUGCCCUCUACCUUUCCGAGAUGGCGGCAGAUGGAGGCAAAAGCGAGUUGAAUACCGGAGGAUCCGCCUGGGGAACGGGAUACUGUGACGCGCAGUGUUACGUCACCCCCUUCAUUAACGGUGAAGGAAACGUGGACGGCAAAGGUGCUUGCUGCAACGAGAUGGAUAUCUGGGAAGCCAACGCCCGUGCCAACCAAAUCGCACCGCACCCCUGCAACCAGACCGGUCCGUACCUUUGCACAGGCGCCGAGUGCCAGGCCAGCGGUGUCUGCGACAAGAACGGGUGCGGGUGGAAUCCGUACCGACUUAACCAGCCGGAGUAUUACGGAAAGGGCGAGAACUACACGGUAGACACGGCCAAGCCAUUCACGGUGGUGACGCAAUUCCCCGCCGACGAGAGUGGCAAGCUGAAGGAGAUCCACCGCCUGUACGUGCAGGGCGACAAGGUGAUCAAGGCCGAGGUGGUGAAGAAGGAGGGCGUGCCGGAGGUGGCGUUCACGAACGAUGCGUACUGCAACGCAACAGGCUCGACUCAGUUCAUGAACCUAGGCGCCCACGAGACUAUGGGCGAUGCGCUGACCCGCGGCAUGGUGCUGGCUUUCAGUAUCUGGUGGGAUGAGGGCGGUAAUAUGUCCUGGCUCGACGGCGCCAAAGACGGUGCUGGACCAUGCAAUGCGACCGAAGGAAAUCCCACAAUUAUUAGGCAAAUCGAAGCUCAUCCCGAGGUCACAUUUAGCAACUUGAAGUGGGGAGAAAUUGGGUCGACAUACCCCGCGAACACUGUGGAUGUUUGAUAAAGAAGAAUGGAUAGAUAUGGAUCGCUAUAGAAGCCACUAUUAAAUAGACUUUAGGUACCUGUUAUCCGCUAAUCGACUCCUAUUUCCCCUCAGUGAACCCCCUAUUGU